GUAAAGGUCGCAUCAUCUGACGUCACUACUCCCGUUAAGUUGCAACCAGGCUCCUUUUUCUGGACGAGCCACAUGCGAUGGUAUGAAAAGUAUGAAAGCGUUGUACAACUGUACAUGCAGGACCGGAACACUAUAGAAUGUAAUGCCACUGUAUAGGACCUGUAAAUGUUUACGGAAGGGGAUGUUUGCCCGGUCAGUCGGUAGUGUCGAAGCCUGGAGAGACCCCCGCAACUUUCCCUGAUGUGUGGCAGAGGGUAGACAUUUUUGCUGGUUUACAUUAGCUAGCUAGCUUCAUGCUAUACAGUACUACUGAAACCUGUAUGUAGAUUUUACAGGAUAGUUAUCAAGGCGACCAUGGCUAACCGAAUGUCAGACCUUUUCUCGAACAGCCGCCUCGUCAUUGGAUUAUUGGCCAACUUGCUAUCAUCGAUAUGCAUCGUUUUCAUCAACAAAUGGAUCUAUGUUCACUAUGGCUUCCCAAACAUGACUCUAACUCUGAUCCAUUUCGUUGUGACAUGGCUUGGACUAUGGGUAUGCCAGAAGAUGGACAUAUUUGCGCCAAAGAGUCUCCAACCCACCAAAAUUAUCUGGCUCGCUCUAAGCUUCUGUGGCUUCGUGGCUUUCACCAAUCUGUCUUUACAAAACAACACCAUCGGUACUUACCAGCUGGCCAAAGUGAUGACAACUCCUGUGAUCAUUGUCAUACAGACAAUGUACUACAAGAAGACAUUCUCCACCAAGAUCAAGUUGACUUUGGUACCCAUAACGUUAGGUGUGAUCCUCAACUCCUACUAUGAUGUGAGAUUCAACCUCCUGGGGAUGGUCUUUGCCACACUAGGAGUGUUCGUCACCUCCCUCUAUCAGGUGUGGGUAGGUGUGAAACAGCAUGAGCUCCAGGUAAACUCCAUGCAGCUACUCUACUACCAGGCCCCCAUGUCCUCUGCCUUCCUCCUCUCCCUCGUGCCCUUCUUCGAACCUCUCUCUGGGGAGGGGGGCAUCUUCGGACCCUGGUCCUUCCCAGCACUGGCCAUGGUGAUGCUAUCUGGCCUCAUAGCCUUCCUAGUCAACCUGUCAAUCUACUGGAUCAUAGGGAACACCUCUGCUGUCACCUACAACAUGUUUGGCCACUUCAAGUUCUGCAUCACCCUGUUGGGGGGCUAUGUUCUCUUCCAGGACCCCCUGUCUCUAAACCAGGGCCUGGGCAUCCUCUGUACCCUCGCUGGCAUCCUCUCCUACACCCACUUCAAGCUGGCAGAGCAGGAGGAGGGCAAGAGCAAGCUGGUCCAGAGGCCAUGAUAGGCCCACCGGAGUGCCAAUCCAUAGAGGCUGCUGCUCUCAUUGGUUGCUUGACAACUCACUGGUUCCCUAGGAUUGUUUGAGGGAAGGGCCAGGUUGGAAUCAUAGAACUAGAGGUUGGAAUCAUAGAACUAGAAUUCUAUAGUUGGAAUGUGAUUGUUGAGUGAAAGGGGAACUGGCCAAACAGUGAGAUAGUUCUGUCAGGGAACACUAAUGAUCAUGUUUUGUAAGAUAAUGAUGAUAAUACACUGCUAAAGAAGUGGAAUGUAUACUGUAUUGGAAGAUGUGGAAGGUCAGCAAGCCUAGUAUUUACAUUGGUUUUGCAUUACUCAAGAUGCUGUCUUAUAUUUCAGUAUUUUUGCCGGGAACGAUAAAAGAGUGGACAACUUGCUCUUAACAAUUUCCAAAUGCUGAAGAUACUUUUGCAUUAUUGAAUGAUUUUUUUUUUCAUACUGUGAUCUUCAAUAAAUGGUAUUUUAUUGA